GUCUGACGCAGAGGCGGAUGAUCCUGCGCUGUGUUAGAACACAGCUUUCUAAAUGUGUAGCGGGGGAUAAGGAGUGUCAUUUCAGACUUAAGAGGAUUUAACAAACAGUAACGAAGCGUUGCUUCGGUUCCUACCCACAGUCGACUGCACACACAGAUUACCUGGAGCAGGGCAGCACAGCACAGCACAGCACAGCACAGGACAGGAUGUUCACUCGAGACAAUGAUCCCUCGGGUCUCUUCUUCGGGACAGCGGCGGGCUGCAGAGUAACGAGAUAGCUAGAUGUUAUACAUUUGUGAAAACGAGCCAUGAAGACGGCAGCAGUAACCAGCCCGGUCUGUAACGCGGACUGGAUGGGGUCCCUGUCACCGGCUUUAUCAUCCAUGCCGCUCAAGCACUUGGCUGUGCCAGGAUCUCACGACUCCUUCAGCUUCUGGGUUGAUGAGAAAGCUCCGGUGGGACCCGACCAGGCUCCUGUGGUCAAGCGGCUCGCCGGGUUCUUCCGCUCGCUGGGGAAGAAGGUGAUGAAGAAGUGGUCCAUGACCCAGAACCUGACCUUCAGGGAGCAGCUAGAGGCGGGCAUCCGCUACUUCGACCUGCGCGUCUCCUCCAAGCCCGGCGAGCGUGGCCACGAGAUUUAUUUCAUCCACGGCUUGUUCGGCCACAAAGUGCGGGAUGGACUGAUGGAAAUCGACAGCUUCCUCAGCGCUCACUCCAAGGAGGUGAUCUUUUUGGAUUUUAACCACCAUUACGCCAUGGGCGAAGCGCACCACUCGUACCUGCUCUCCAUGCUGCAGGAGGUCUUUGGACGCAAGCUCUGCAGAAGGGACUGUGAGGAGGAGAUCACUCUGGAGUAUUUGUGGCAGAAGAAGUACCAGGUUAUUGUGUUUUAUCAUCACAGCUCAGCAGAAAGCUGCCCCCUCAUGUGGCCCGGUACCAAGAUCCCCGCCCCGUGGGCGAACACCACGGACGCAUGCAAACUCAUCCAGUUCCUGGAGACCACCCUCGGGGAGCGGGCACGCUGCGGGACCUUCCACGUGUCUCAGGCCAUCCUGACCCCCCGGGUGAAGACCAUUGUGAGAGGACUGAUCAAGGGCCUGAGGAACUUCCUGGUGGAAAGGAAUCUCCCUACGAUUAUGACCUGGGUGAAAGCGCAGAAGCCUGGAGUGAACGGGGUCAACAUCAUCACUUCAGACUUUGUGGAACUGGUGGAUUUUGCAACGACUGUAAUCAAGCUGAACAACCUGCUGCUUCCCGACAAGGCCAUUACAUGAAGUGAGCUUCAACUCGCCCCUCAUUGUUAGGAACGCAGCAGGAGACGCUACUAGCUGGAAGAUAGUGUUGAGAUCGCCCCGUAUUCUUUUUCUGUUAUAAUGAAAUUGAAAGACUCAAAUAUGCCAAAAAAAGGUGACCACUGACAAGGUGGUUUAUGCCUUGGCCAGCACUCCUUUAGGACUGAAUUGUGAUGGUCUGCUGCAGAAUCAUUGCUCAGGUGAUACUGUAUACAGUAACAGAGCAACCCCUAACAUCAGAUGAGUGAAGGUCCAUCUUCAUGCACCAGCAGUAAGGACACAUCUGCGGUCUUAGUUCUGAAUUGGGUUCUGCAGUGUCCACAGAAAGAGUUGGGUGUGCAAGGGUUAAAAUACAAGCCAGCCUUUCCAUGAGAACAGUCCUUUGCGAGGCUUCGCGUUUAGGGAUGGAAAGUACAGCAAAGGCUACUGCAAUGCGUAUUGCGUUAGUUGCUUGUUUGUUUAUUAAUUGAUUUGUAUUCUAGUUGACGCUGUUCUUUAAUAAAGAAUAGAGGAGCAUGAUUGUCGAAAUGAUCUGUAAGAUAUGACGUUACACGCUGCCAAUGGGUCCAAGUUGUUAUAUAUAUAUAUAUAUAUAUAUAUAUAUAUAUAUAUAUAUAUAUAUAUAUAUAUAUGUUUGUGAUAAUAGAUGAGUUAAGGUUUUGACUCCAUCUAGGUAUUGACUCCACUGAGUAUACUAUUGUAAUUUAAUGAUGGAAUUGAACAGCUGUUCAUAUCAUACUUAGUGCUGCAGUCAUACUGUCCUCCAGUUUCACAUUUCAAAUGGUUGAAAACAGUGUUGAAAUGUAUUUGUGUGGGAUACUUGAGCCACUACAGGGGUGGUAAUGGUGUUCUCAUUGCAAGGCAGGUACAGGAGGAGGAGCCCCUACAGGGUUUAGUGAGAGCGGCAGCAUGUCUUAGAUGAUUUAGAAAAGCAGAUUCCAAGCACAGUGGUCCGAGCUCAAAGUAAAGCCUGGAAUAGCCCUGCCUGCUAUGCAACAGGGAGGCGUUUUAGUCUGUCAAAGAGGACUGUUUGCAUGCGCAACAAUCUUUACCCACGCCUGAAUCCAAAAAGAGUGGUUUCAAGAAGAAAUCUGUUUUCUGCCCAGAUACUUUGUGGCAGGCGUUGAUUUUAACUUGGCAGGGAGGGUUGGAGAGAAUCUGCUGCUGUUUUAAAAAUACUGCAUAUAUAUAUAAGAUAUGCACACAGCGAAUGCAUUGGGUAGCACUGCUGCUACUGCAAACAAUCAAAUGCAUGAUAGCAUCAACUCUGUCUGGCAGGAGGAGACUGGGUGGAAGGGUCUUCUUUUUGAGGAAUGAGGCUCAUCUUUUUAAUUGCUAUGCACUUAUAAUCUAAACGUGUCCUAAAUGGGGAUCAAUGCAGGGGCCACCCAGUCAGCCUCAGUUGGACUUAGACUUGAUGCAGAGUAACACGUUAUAACACUCAGUACAUUGUUAUUAUGCAGUAAGUAAUUACACACAUGUAGUUAUACAGUUACUACAACGUUACCAACUUUCAAGAAACUUUCACUUAACUGUUCUACUGUAAGAAACUAAGUCAAGUAGACAAGCUAGUACAGUGGAAGGGCACUAUCGGAAACUUUCUUAUUUGAAUUUGUGUUGUUAUAGUUUUACCCUUGAAUUCCAAUUGAGCAUUUUAAAGUUAUGGAUAAUUAAAUAGCAACUACAAUCUUACUAGAUAGUUUGUGUAAUUGUAGUGCAAUUUGUACCACUUUUACUAAAACGUUGCAGAGCAUGCCACUAUAGACUGUAUAAGGGUUAAAAGGCAAGCUGAGGCUGUGAGUCAUUUAUAUCUAAAGAUGGGCAGCUGGCAUUGCACCUACAAUACUGUAAUCUAUGCCUUGUAAAGAUAAAUAUGUCAUUUUAGAUGUAUUACAUGUAUCUAUAAACUAAACAAAGAGAAGGGAAAUCCAUCAGUAAGCUAUUGAACAGUGAGUGUAUCUGUACUGUAGGGCAGCUGAUUGAGGUUGAGAAUGAAAAGGACUCAGAAUUAGUUCCAUCAAGAUCACAAGGUAAUUAUCUCAGGGUCUCAACGCUUCAGACCGUUGUUUUAGGAGACAUUUUGAAAGACAACACUGUCUGUGUUGUUUAUAUACCAAAGUAUUUUAUAAAUAAUGUACAGCUUGUAGAUAUAUAUAUACACAGUGUAUGUGUAUGUAUUGAAUAACGCCAGUAUCUUGCUGCCAGUUGGAUAACGGGGCAGCAGUGUGGAGUAGUGGUUAGGGCUCUGGACUCUUGACUGGAGGGUCGUGGGUUCAAUCCCAGGUGGUGGACACUGCUGCUGUACCCUUGAGCAAGGUACUUUACCUAAUUGUAUGUAAAAAAAUAAAGUAAUUGUAUGUAAAAAUAAUGUGAUACCUUGUAACAAUUGUAAGUUGCCCUGGAUAAGGGCGUCUGCUAAGAAAUAAAUAAUAAUAAUAAUAAUAAUAAUGUGUUUAGGUGAGAUGUACUGUAUAUGAAGACAAGUCAAGAUCUUUCCCCAGACCCCUUGCAUGCACUGGAUUAUCUUGUACAUGUAUUAUUAUUAUUAUUAUUAUUAUUAUUAUUAUUUAUUUCUUAGCAGACGCCCUUAUCCAGGGCGACUUACAAUCGCAAGCAAAUACAAAUACAUUCAAGUGUUACAAUAUAAGUCAUACAAUAAGAACAAGAAAUACAAUAAUUCUCAAGUGUGACAAACCACAAUUCAAUAAUACAGCAGAUAAUAGUGAAAGUUACAUCAGGAUAUGAUUAAGUAGUGAUAGUUACAUCAGGAUAUGAUUAAGUACAAAAUACUACAGAUUAAACACUUGGGAGAUUACAAUAUUCUGAGGUACAGGAUUAAAUGCAGUAAAAUAGGGGGCAGAUAAGAGCAAAAUAAAGCA